AUGAAUCAUCCAUGGUGUAUGAUGAAAUCGUUCUCUUCAGUGUGUUUGAUGUAUAUUCACCAUAGUAUCGGUGACACGCUGAUACAGAGAUGUAUGUCAACGACACAAGACAUAUUCUCAAGUUUUUGUAGGGACCGUGAUAGUCGACGGGCAAGUGACUUGCACCCCUUGUUUCGAGAUGUUGUAAAGGUCGGUAUUCACACUACUUCCAGUGACUAUGGUAACCAGUUUAUCGACCUACUCGCCAUGUACAAGACCCGUCAUAUAUCGAGUUGCGAACCAAUCCAAACUAUUUCCUACUCGAUCACUCCGCCAUCGCGAAUACUAACUAAACUCGAGCCGGCAGCUACCCAACUCACAACCCUGUCCUUCAACACCGACCUCUUCUUCUCCACUACCGCGCUACCAACUACAUUGACCGUCGUUGAAAUGGACUACCGCCACAUUCCCUUACCCACCCUCUUCACCACCAAACUUCCACCAACCCUCACAUCCAUCACCAUCUUCCACUUGGCGCCAUUCCAAGUAACACAACUCGAGUUUGGUGGUUGGAAUGCUCGAUUCCCAGUGUUACAGUCACUCAAAAUAACAUGGCGCUAUCCAUCAUCCUCUGCCAUCGACAACCAAGACCAACAACAAGGGAUCAUCAUCCUCGAAGAUAACAUUGAUUUCAAUCAUUACAUCAACACCAACACGACUCUGCGACGGUUGCAUGUCAGUCUAUGUGUGGGUCACCCAUGGGUGCAAUCCAUCAUAUCAACCAAACCCAAUUUAGAAUUGGUUGUAUUGCGCAAGACCAAAGCUAUACAGCUCAAAGAGGACAGUCUACCACUCACUCUUUCACCCUCAAUCAAGCAUGUAGUGUUUGAUGAGGGUUGGAGUGUUGACAGACUCAAAAAUCUAAUUUCCACAAUACACACUCUCAAAACAGUCAUGUUUCAAUAUCCAUGUCUACAAGAUGAAGAAAAGUCGAAUCGACUCGAACUUGAUCUACUUUUUUAUCUGAUUGACAAUAAUAACAAUAACAACAUCAACAACAACAACCAUUCCAAGCUAGAGUCAAUUAUAUUUCGUAAAACAAAUUUACAAUUAUCAGACAAUAAUAAUAAUAAUCAAAAUGAUAGUGGAGAUAUGAUCAAACACCAAUUACAACAAUUAUUGAACCAGCAACAACAACACAAUUGCAAUUUAAAAUUCAUCCAAUUUACAACAUUGGAUCACAAAGAAAUUAUUAUUUAUCAUGAUAUAGACCUUUAA